CGCCCGCAGUGCGCCGUGAUGUCACGGAGAGGCGUGGCGAAGCUCAGGUAAACAUGGAUCCCGUGCUAUAUGUGUUAGCUGCUACCAUUAUACUGAUCCUCAUCGUCUUUGCGUCCAGAAUAAGACGACAUGUGCAGAAAGCAGAUCAGAACCAACAGCGAAAUGUACUGGCUGCUGCUGGAAGACCUCGACCUGUUAAUGAAGAUCGGCCGGCAGGGGCACCAAGAGUACGACGCAAUCUCAGGAAUAGACUGCUAGCUCGAAGGCUUCUGGAAGCAGAACAGGAUGCUCAGGUUGAAGAAAUUGAAGCAGAACAAGAUGGCACAGAAUUUCAAACACGUGGCAAAAUUGGAGCCAAGAAGCAGCGGAAAUUGGAAGAAAAAGAACAAAGGAAGGCACAAAGGGAGGCUGAAGAAGCAGAACGAGAGGAGAGACGAAAAUUGCAAAUGAAGAGAGAUGAAGACCGGAAGAAAGAUGAGGAACGAGUACGACUUGAAGAACAGCGAAAAGAAGAAGAAUUGAAAAAAGCUUGGGAAGAAAAACAGCGACGAGAGCAUGAAGAAUACCUCAAGUUGAAAGAAGCAUUUACCGUUGAAGAGGAAGGAAUUGAGGUAGAACCAGAUGAAGAGGAGUCGCAGAACCUUCUGCAGGAGUUCAUCAACUACAUAAAGAGUACAAAGGUUGUGCUUUUGGAAGAUCUUGCUUCUCAUUUUGGCUUGAGGACGCAGGAGGCUAUUAACAGAGUGCAAGAUCUGAUUGCUGAAGGAACUCUGACAGGUGUCCUGGAUGAUCGUGGAAAAUUCAUCUAUAUCACUGAACAAGAACUUGCAGCAGUGGCUCAAUUCAUCAGACAGCAAGGGCGCAUUUCGAUAGUUGAACUGGCACAAGCCAGCAACACUCUGAUCAAUCUUAAUCCAGAGUCAAAAUCUAUUCCUGAAACUGUGGCCUAAUAUUCACUCACUUAUUUAAAUAAUAGUUAAUAAAGUUAAAAAAUUCAUCUUA